AUGAGUUUUGCAGAAAGAGUAUAUAGGAAAACAUUUUAAAAGAAAGCUAAAAAGGAAGUCAAAGAAAAAAAGACCGAAACUGAAAAUGAUGAUAAUUAUGGGCUUUAUUACUUUGAAAAUGAUUAAGAUGAGAUAUAUAAUUUGGCUGAAGAGUUCUUAGGAAAAUGCAUACUUUUGAAUCCUUCUGACGAUGAUGAAGAAACACAAAAGAGGAACAAAAUUAGAGGAAAUGAAUUCUUUUAGUUAAAUCAAAAGAAAUAAAAAAAUAUUUGUUCCAUCGAAAUAAAUAAUGAAGAAAAUUAAUAGAGUUAAGAAAAUGACGAAAAUUAUGAAUGUUUAGAUACUCGAUCAAAUUCAAAUUAUGACGAUGAUUUUUCAAAAGAUGAUGCUCUAAUGGUCUAAUUGAGCGAAAUCAAUUAUUUGGAGAAGUUGGACAACAUUUAAAAAAAAUCAGUUGGGUUAGGAACUAAAAAAUACUAUUCUUGUAAACAAAAAUUCAAUAAAAUUACUAAAGAACAUCUAGUGCCUUAAAUCAAAAAGAAAAAUAUUCUAAAGAAGAAUUUAAAGGCAUGACUUUUUUAUUUUUGUAUAUAAUCUUAAUUACUUUCUAGUAUAAA